AUGGAGACAUAUGUUGAUGCAAUUGGUGUGGACACGGCAGGCACAACGACGGAGACGGCAGAGAAGAAGCAAAAUAAGAAGUUAAGGGUCAUGGUUGCGAUCGAUGAAAGCAAGAACAGUUUCUAUGCGUUGGAAUGGGCAGUGGAGCAUCUGAGAGAUGUUAUUAGAGCCGAACCGGAAAACGAUCAAGAAGGCGGUUUACUUACGUUGGUUCAUGUUCAUCCAACGUACCUUCAAUAUAUCUACCCUGCUGGUGGAACCGUAGCUGCGGCGGUGUAUGCGACAGAUUCAGUACCGGAACCAAUGAAGAAAGCACGAGAAGAGAGCACGACCAGAUUGUUCACACGAGCAUUGGAGAUAUGUCGUGGCAAAAUGGUGAAGACGGAAACGAUGAUAUUGGAAGGAGAUCCUAAGGAGGUGAUCUGCCAAGCUAUCGAGGAAACUCACGUGGAUCUUCUUGUUGUUGGUAGUCGUGGACUCGGCAUGAUCAAAAGGGCCUUUCUAGGGAGUGUGAGUGAUUACUGUGCCCAACAUGCGAAAUGCCCAAUUCUCAUUGUACGACCACCCAGAGAAGCCUCAACUAGUAAGCAGCAGUAA